CACCUUGGAAUGGAACCCCACUACAAAGAUCAACCAGAAGCACAGAACCUGGUCAAACUUUGCUAGUUGCUACUGUGUGGCUGUCGCCAUGAUUUCUCUAAUCAGUGCAACAGAGUUAUAAUAUCUACACCCUAGUCCAAACACUCAUCAGAAUUCCAACAGCUCCUUAUUCCUUUCUCAGCUAUAUCUAACCAAACAUAAUUAAGCUUCUUAUUAUUGAGUCCAGAAACAAAUAUGGGAGACUCAGAGGGAGGAGACAAGUACAGAAGCCACUUGUCAGGGGAGGCAGAGAAGAACACCAAGUGGAGGAAUGGUGCCCCUCCCAAUUACGUCUCUGUCAACAAGCUCUUUGAAGAAGGAAGGACCAAGGCAAAAUUACAUUACCCAAAAAUCCCCAACUGCUUCAUCUCUCAUUGAUUAUUUCUCAUCCUCUGUCUUACUGGUGAUCAUGGAAUUACCUCCUGAUCUGUUUGUUCCAUUGUAUGCCAGGUGUGGCCUCCAGGAUCCCUGGAAGAACAAGUCCAGAACAUGGUCAAGACCUGGGAAAUGGAGUUGUUCAACAAAACACGGCUUGCUGACCACAAGACCCUAGUCGAUCCCAACACAUACACCAAAACCCUCAAUGAGGAAGGAAGCCGAUAACCCUGGAAGAGACUCGGAAGAUAGGAGGCGGCUACAAUUCAUUUUUGCAGACAUCCUUGCCGGAAGAGCUAAGAGGCUACAACCCUGCGGCGGAGACAGCGGAAUCAGCUCAUCUGGCCUUCACAACGACAUUCCCUCGUGGGUUUGCUCUGGAAGUGCUCCAAGUUUACUCUGGCCCGCCGGUGAUUGCCUACAAGUUCAGGCACUGGGGGUACAUGGAGGGUCCUUUCCAAGGGUACCCUCCAACGGGAGAGCUGGUGGAGUUCUUUGGGAUAGGAAUCUUUCAUGUGGAUGAGAAGGUGAGGGUGGAGAGAGUCGAGUUCUUUUUCGAUCGUGGAGAGUUGCUGGGCGGGCUUAUGAGAGGUGGCAAAGGCUCGGGUGGUUCUAUGUCUACUAGUACUGGAGCUCCAAGUCCAAGCUGCCCUUUCUUGGCAUCGAAAUGAACUUGUUAAGAAACGUCCGGACACAAAAGGGCCACUUGUAUCUCUCAGCAUGACCAUGAAGGAAAAGGUCACCAAGCGAAGAAAUUUGAUUCAUGCGAGUAUCCAUACGCCUAUAAUUAAAAUAUGACAAGAGCAUGUUAAAACUUAAGGUCGUUGAGUGUUUUGUCUAUCAUUUUGUCAUGACUACUGAGCUCCGAUCUUUGCGUUUUGGCUUGAUUGAUAGAUGUAUGAUACGGGUAUGUUUUGUUAUGAACUCACGAGGGUAUGGUUUUCUCACUCAACUAUGAAUUGACAUCUUUUUUUUACUCUGCUUAUGUCAUGUGUAAGUAGAUCAUUAGCAACAACAGUAGCUAAAUACUUGGGAGCGGACAUUUCUAGAAGUUGAAGGCAGGAUGGGAUAUGGUUUUCGACUAUUUUGUACUUGGAUGACUACUUAGAAUUUUGGUUAGUAAUCUCAC